AUGUCAACACCCACCAGAACGACUAAAAAGCGAUAUUCCAGCGUACAUGCCCCUUUCAAAUCUCCAUUAAAAAGGAUCAAUGAAAGUAACAGUUUCACCAAUCCUACUAUUAACAAUCAAACCAAUGAAAUUAAUGAACAACUAGAUGUUAUUGAAAGUCGAUUAAACCUAAAUGAUAUUGAUCAAAAAACCGAUUUAUUCCACACUGAGCUACGACACCUCGGGAAUGAAAAUAUUCACCCUGCUAAAGUUAGUAUUGAUAAUGUCAACGACAACGAGGACAAAGACGACUUGAAUGACGACAGUGAAAUAGAAAAUUGUAUUAACAAACUGUUAUCAAAGCGACCAAAUCAAAGUUGUAUUGAUUUAGAGGUGGAAUUAGCUAAGUGUCGUAAUCGUUUACACGCUUACAAUGAAGCCAAAGAUUCAUGUAUAAUACUAUUUGGUCUGUUAGCGAACAAUCGAGGUUGUUUAGUCCGAGAAUUGUAUUCUGAAUUCGAUUUGAACCUGGACGACUAG